GGGGGCGGGGGGGUGCCAGCUGGUUUGUAAACAAGCGCUGGCGUCUGCGCUGAAGCCGCAGGGCUGGUGUCUGGGGGGGGCCCGCGCUGCGCCCCCGCCCGGCCCCUCACCCUCAGCGAGAGGACCCCGCCCGGCAGGGGCCAGGCCCACAGCCCCUGCUCCGCCCCACGGGCCGAGCCCCGCCCAGCCGGAGUCUCGCCAUGGUCCGGCUCUCCAAGCCCAAGACCUUCCAGGCCUACCUGGACGACUGCCACCGCCGGUACAGCUGUGUGCACUGCCGGGCACAUCUGGCCAACCACGAUGACCUCAUCUCCAAGUCUUUCCAAGGGAGCCAGGGAAGAGCUUAUCUCUUCAACUCAGUGGUGAAUGUGGGGUGCGGGCCGGCUGAGGAGCGGGUGCUGCUGACAGGGCUGCACGCAGUGUCCGACAUCCACUGCGAGAGCUGCAAGACCACGCUGGGCUGGAAAUACGAACAAGCCUUCGAGAGCAGCCAGAAGUACAAGGAGGGGAAAUACAUCAUCGAGCUGAGCCACAUGAUCAAGGACAACGGCUGGGACUGACCCUCUCCCCCAGCCCCACUGCGCUGGGGGCGGGGCCUUGCACCAUCGUUCCCAUGGAAACCAGCAGUAAGGCGGGGCCUUGCAGCAUCAGUUCUAGGGAGACAACCUGAGGACCCGUUUCCAUGGAGACCCAUCCCAAACCUGGGGACCACUGCACCCCCAUGAGGGGGUGGGGCUUUGCUGCCCCCUUUCCUCAGAGAUGAGCUCCGCCUCCUGAGUUUGCAGGGGGACAUCACUGAACAUUAAUUAAUGAGCGUUCUUGGGGGGGUCGACUGGACACGCCUACCAUUAUGGGGGGGCGGGGCAAUGCUGCGCUGUGAUUGGCUGAGGGGGAGGGGGCGGGUACUGCCCCGGGGGGGGGGCAGGAGCGGGGAGGGGGGAUCCCCAUUAGAUGCUGCCCUGUGCUUGUGUCGUGGGGGGGGCUGUACAGUAUUGAGUGUGAAUCCGUCGUGUGUAAAUAAAUCAGCUUCGAAUGUGA